GUUACCUAACAUCCAUAUAUUUAACCUAAUAUUUAUUUAUUCCGAUCACCAAUAUGGGGAAACCCAAAAAAACUGGUACAAAAUCGCAAAGGUCAUCGAAUUCCAAAGACCAAGAUGAUGAGUCAGCAUCUUCUCAUCAGUCAACAUCAGAAAGAGUAAUUGAUCUGUUAAAUCAGGCUUCUAUGGCCUUAACGGACCCUGACAAAGUUAACAAACUCAAACAAGUUCAGGAAUUAAUUGUGAAUAAAGAACCAGCAUUACUGGAUAGUUUUACUGAUGAAGUUCUAGCAUUCCAAGCUGAUAGGUCGCAUGACGUUAGAAAAUUUGUUGUCGGAUUCAUGGAAGAGGCUUGCAAAAAAGAUAAUGAACUUCUCAUGAAAGUAAUGGCGAAUUUAAAUUUAUUACUCGCUGAUACCAAUGCGAAUGUCACCAAAAAACUCAUUCAGUCUAUGACACAGUUAUUUAGAAUUGUGAUCUAUUGGUUAACAAAGGGUAGUUUCAUCUCUGACAGUCAUAAAGCUUGUUGGAAAGUGACAUGCAAUAUUCGAGAUCAUAUUUACGAAUUACUGGAUUCUGUCAAUGACGGAGUCCGAACCCAAACUGUUAAAUUCGUUGAAAAAGUGAUCUUGAUUUUGUCAGAGAUACAGCGAGGAUCAGAGGUACCUAAGAAAACAGAACCUGCGUCUUCUAUUGAUGAGAUUCCAUUAAAUCAUGCAUUACUAAAACGGGAUGAACUAAAAGCAGACGGAGAAAUAGCUCUUCAGAAAUUGUUGGGUUUUAUUGCUAAUCCUGCUAUAUCGAGCGUUAAUCUUAUGGCAGCCAUGGGAACCUUAUCAGCCAUCGCAAAGCAAAGACCACAAUUUAUGGGGACGGUAGUACAAGCAUUUGAAGCAUUACAUGCAAAUUUACCACCAACACUGGCAAAAACUCAAGUCGCGAGCGUGAGAAAACAUUUGAAAAUGCAACUAAUGAACAUGUUACGGCUUUUUUCAUCAACACAAUAUCAUCCACAAAUUACCAAUCUACUUUAUGACUUGGGUACGACAUCAUCUGAGAUAGCAAAAAAUAUGCCGAAAUUGUCACAACGCCAAAGUGCCGGUAGCUCGCGAAAACGUAGCCCGGAUGAAGAUAAAGGAGAGGGGAGUGGAAAUAAAAAAAUGAAAAGAGAGGUGAACGAAUAUGAUGAUGAUGUUGAAAUAGGACCUUCUACGAGCUCAGCACCUGCCCCUGUCCCAUCAGAACCUGUGGUCAAUCAACACAGUGUUGCUAUUGAUAUUACAGCUAAACAGUUAGUCCCUUUAUUAUCACCAGAAAAUGUCGCUAAUUUAGUAUUAUUGAGCAUGGUUAUGUUGCCUGAUAAAAUGCCAGACGCGUUUCAAGCUUCAUACACCCCUAUUGAAUCCGCGGGCACAGAGGAUCAGAUCAGUCAUUUAGCGAGAUUACUUUCUAUACAAAUGACAGCUAUGGGUGUCGGAUCUGGAGUGCAAAAGGCUGCUGAAAUGGCGGCGGAAGAAGACGCAAAAAAGAGAGAAAAGAAGUUAGAAGAAGAAGGAAAACAGAAAUUACAAAUUCAAACUGUUAUAGGAGGAACAACAAAACCAACACCAGUUCAAGAAGACACUGCUCAAGAUAAAUCGAAGAAAAAUAUUGAAGCAAUGAUAUCAUCUCAGACAGUCGUACCGAACCGUGGUUUGCCUCGUAGAAUCCAGGGUUUUCGAUUAGAAAGUAUUACUACCCCUCUCGAUUUAGACACAAAAGAUAAAAUCAUCAAAAAUGCAGUUUUGAGAGUCUUGAGAUCGGAACAAGCUGCUAACGCUGCCGGAGUUCAUGCCCAAUGGUCCAAAAUUUUAACCAGUCUUGUCGCCCAGUUUGGUGGAGAUCUUCAUAGAGCUUUAGCAAUGUUUAUUUUAGAAGAUAUUAGGAAUCGUUCUUCCCUUGCAUUUGCAUGGUUGUAUGAGGAGUUCAAUAUUUAUUUAGAAAAUAGUCGUGGCUCGAAUGACAAAUCUGCGCAAGAAAAUUACGAUGCUUGUCUGACGGGACUUUUACAAGGAUUCAGAGAAAAACCAGAAACACGAGACAGUCUUUUUAAUAAAUUGGUAAUGCAGGCGCCUUUGUUAACUGAUGGGGCGAUAAAACAAGUCCGUUUGUAUUGCGAAGAUGAAAAAAGAUCACAAUCGGGAAUUAAACUUGUUAAGGACUUAUUGCAUUACAGAAUAACGAGAAAAAUGCAGUUUCUUCGUUUAUUACUUGAUCUUUGCGUCAGUAAAAAUGAAAGUACCCAAACCGAAGCUGUUGAAUGUAUAAAAUCAAUUUUCCUACAAAUUGAAUUACAGGAUUUCAUCCGAACAUAUGCUGUCACUCAUCUUGAAUAUUUAUCAAACUCCGCACCACCUUUGACCCUAGUCCCAGAGGGAACACCGGUAGAUGCUAAAUCAACAUGGACGGAAACCCAAAUGAAACAAUGCAUGACAUUAUUUCUCGCUUUGCUACCGUUGGAUCAUAAUUUAAUUGAAACACUUGCCGAAGUUUAUGUAAAAACAAGCGCAGAUGUGAAACGAGUUGUCUUACGAAUCCUUGAUAAACCUGUGAGCCAAAUGGGAAUGGAAUCGCCACAAUUAUUGCGCCUUGUUGAAGGAUGUCCAAAAGGUGCAGAGACUCUUGUUACUAGAAUGUUGCAUAUACUUACAGACAAGACCCACCCAACUGUAGAACUGGUGCAGCGUGUCACAGACUUGUAUGCAAAACGCGUCCCUGAUGUACGUUUCCUUAUACCAGUCUUGAACGGUCUCGAAAAGAAUGAAGUUUUGAAAGCUCUUCCGAAACUUGUUCGAUUGAAUCCUCCCGUGGUGAAAGGAGUAUUUAAUCGGUUGCUUGGAGUCAAUAGAGGACAACAAUCCGAACCAUCUGUGAGUUCUCUGUCACCUGUGGAGUUACUGAUCGCCCUUCAUAAUAUGGAUUCAAAUACUGCUGAUGUGAAAAGUGUAAUAAAAGCUACAAGUUUAUGUUUUGCUGAAAAAGCAGUUUACACAUCGGAAGUUUUGGUUACUGUUAUCAACCACUUGGUAGAGCAAGCAGAAAUUCCGACUCUGUUAAUGAGAACGGUAAUUCAGUCCUUGAUCACUUAUCCACGUUUAUCAGGUUUUGUUAUGAAUGUUCUUCAAAGAUUAAUUUUAAAAAAGGUUUGGGAACAAGAAAAAGUAUGGGAUGGAUUCAUAAGAUGUUGUCAGCGUAUGAAACCCCAGUCGUUUCAAGUGUUACUACAGCUUCCUUCCGUGCAAUUAUCUUCUGUUUUCGAUUCCGCGCCGGAAUUACGGGAACCUAUGUUGCAAUACGUAGAACGCUUUACUCCGCAACAAAAACUUCACGUCAAUAAAGACGUGCUGGCGUUGUUAGAACGGAAACCAACUCGAAUUGAACUGGAAAAAGCUGUAACUUUGACUAUUCAACAACAAACUGCGGAACUUGCUCUCACCGUUGCUGAACAGCAAGCCAGAGAAGAACAACAAAAGAUGGCCGAAGAAUAUGAUAGAAUCCAGAAAGAAAAAGAACAGAGUGAAGCUAAAACAAAACUAAUCGAUGAACAGGUAAAAAAGGCGGCAAAAAUGCUUCAAGAACAAGAGGAAAGAACGAAAGCACUCGAGCUGUUCCAAAAACGUGGAUUCACCAACGUUAAAAUGGAAACGAACGAAGAAAAUGUUGCUCGAGGAGGAUUUCCCACUGCAGCUCCGGGUCCGUCUCAAGUUGUUGCACCAGGGAUUAGCUCGACACCAAUGUCCAGUGAACAACAACAACCACAGCAAAUGAAAUUGACAAUGUCUACUGAUGCAGAAGUUCCACAGGGGAACAGAGAUCGGCAGCGUAGCGGUACUCCUACGUUAGACGAAGCACCAGAGCCAACCAUUACUUGAACUCAAUUUUAUAUUUACUAUAAUUAGCUUUAUUUUUGCUCUUUAUGCUCAACCGCCAGAUUUUGACUCGCCAGAUAUGAAAUUUGUAAACAUUACAGACACGUCAGACUCGCUUGUUUUAGGGGUAUUCAUGAUAGAAUUAUUUAGGUGAUAUCAUGGUCACUAGGUUUUCGUGGAUUAAUAUUGUAUUUUGACAUUAAAGAAUUCUGUUUUUGUCAAAUGCCAUCUGUAUGUUCCAGAACAUUGUAUUCCAUUUUAUUUUCGAACCCAACACUAUGGGUGGCGAUUUAGGAAAGAAAAGUGUGCUUCUUUUCUGGAAUAUUUACAAUUAAAUUUAACAGUGUUUAAUUUAUAACAAUUGAGAAUGUCUGCUAUUGAAUAUCAGCAAAACAUUUCAUUUUUUCAAUUCUUUGUUUAACAUUUUUAAUCGUGUGAUUCAGCUAUCCAUGUUCAUGGCUUAUUUGUGUCUGUACCAUGCUCUGCAUAAUCUGUUUUAAUUAAUCUUUCCUGCGUCUACAAAUGGUUCAAGAAAUUAUUUCAGUGACAAAUUUCAAUUCAAAUCACAUUGAAUGAAUGACAUUUUCAACCAUGAUUCCAAUUCUUACAAUGUCCAUAUUUGAGAAUACUUGAAACUUUUUCAAUUUACGAAUGUUUAAAAUUUAAAUCUUAAUUGAAUAUUUAUUCUAAAAAAACUACAGUAUGUUUUGUUAGUGAAAUUAUUACUGUAUGCUUCAUAAAGUUAAAUUUCAACGAUGUGAUUUUGCUGCAUAAUAUAUCCAUUUAGAAUAUCAAUAUGGCAUACCAGUAAUUCUGAAGUGUUAAACUUUAUAGAUAAGAAUUUACAGAUGCUUUACUUCACAUACCCUUGUGUUUCAUUUAACCAAAAGAUUCCUUAAUCUGACUUGUCAAUUUUCUAAUGUUCCCUUUUCCCUUUUUUUUCAG